AUGGGAACAGUGUUUGUGGUUUUCACUUUUUUUUGUGUCGUUUCGGCCAUAAAUAUCAAAAACAACGCCUGUCCUAGCUUGUUCCUGUACCCCGUUGCGGGAUUUAGUUCCAAAUGUUACGGUGAAAUGGUCAAGAGACGUGGGUACGAUAUAGUGACCCAUACAGUUGUGACCCAUGAUGGGUACAUUCUAAAUUUGUUUGAAAUUUUUAAUGCCACUCAAGAAAAUAAAAAUUUCACGGUUUUUAUACAACACGGGAUUUUGGUUAACUCUGGGGUUUGGGUUAACGGGGGUCCGCGCUCUCUUGCGUUUUAUUUCGCCGAUCUUGGGUACCGAGUUUGGUUGGGGAAUGUGCGAGGGACGUUGUACUCGAACAAACACGUAAAUCUGACAAUCAAUGACCCAAAAUUUUGGGACUUUAAUUUGGAUACUCUGGCAGCAGUCGAUAUCAGAACCAUGUUAACCUUCAUUGCUAAAACCACCAGACAAAAAAUACAUUAUAUAGGUCAUUCAAUGGGAACCACUGUGGGGUUGAUGUUUCUGGCUUCCUCUGGACAAGAAGGUGCCAAAUUGCUUCAAUCAGUAUCGCUGAUGUCCCCUGUCGUUUAUAUAAAUAAUCUCAAAAAACUUGAACCAUCUAUAAUACCAGCUUAUCUAACCGGGAAAAUUUUCAACCUCUUCCACGUCAACGGUUUUCUCUACCACGAAAACGCGGUUCACCGAAUUUUUACAAGCAUUUGCAAGUUGAUCCCCCAUGUGUGCUACCAACUAUUGAUAACCGUGGGUUUUGGGAAAACCACGCACUUUUCCAGCGACGACCUUCUGCUCUAUUUUAAUAAUUGGCCGGGCGGAAUUUCCUUCUACCAAAUUCAGCAUUACGUACAAAUCAUGAACUCCAAAAUGUUUCAGAAAUUCGAUUAUGGGGCUGCGCGAAAUUUGCAGGAGUAUGGAAGCGAAAAGCCUCCAGUUUACGAUUUGUCGAAAAUUAAAUUGCCGGUGUGUUUGUUUUAUGGAAAGAAUGAUGUUUAUUACGGGGAGGAGGUUUGCAGGUUUUUUAAAUCGAGGUAGUAUGGAUUGUUUUUGUACUUUUUAGAAUAUCGACAGAUUGUAUGGGGAAAUUGGUAGCAAUCAUAAAUGUAGAUACUCGAUUCCUGUUGGUCAACGGGAUUAUUAUAACCACAUUGACUUCAUGUUCGGGAAUUCUCUUCGCGAGGAUGUUUAUCCGAUCCUUGCUGAGACGCUGACUAAUGCUGAAAUGUAAUAAA